AUGACCAAGGUGUAUGACAAGUCCAACAUGGGCAAGACAACUCUGCUUGAAGUGGACCUUCCCUCCCCACCCAUCUGUGCCAGCAAUGUUGCCAGUCCCUCCACCAGCACUACUACUGAGUUCCAGGACAAGGGGAAAGGUAAGGCCAUUGAUGCUGACCCAGAGCCUGAGACAGAAGGGAGUUGGAAGAGGAAGUCUCCCAUGAUUUCAGCACUCUCCUCCCAACUGCUGAAGUCUGCGAUGAAGACUCACAAGCAUAUGAAGUCAUCUCACUGGGUGACGUCCAAGCCCCUAGUGGACUCAGAAGAUGAGGAAGACAUGGAUAUUCAGCCAUUUUUGGGUGGAGUGCUGGACAUCAUCCUUCCCCAGCUCUCCAAUUCACCUAGAUCACCCCAGGUUCUGACCAAAAAGCCCUUUGGCCCUGCUACAGUGAUUGCUGGCAGUCACCUGGUAGUCAUUGAGCCCUCCCAGCCAACUCCUGAAAGCCCAGUGGAGGCACCCCCAGUCAUUGAUGGAGGUGAUAUUCUCAUUCCUGGACCAAACAACCCAUGCCAGGUUUGCACCAAGCUAAAGUGGGACUGCACAACUCGGUUAGACAAGAGGACCAGGAAUCUGUGUAUGUCAUGCAUCUGCUGCACAACAAAGAAGGUCAAGUGCAUCCCCACAACUAUGGGUACCCCACCAAAAUGUGUUUGUGGUUCCUCUACCACCCAGAACACAAGAUCCAGGAUGCCCUCCAAGGCUCCUCCCAAAGCUCCCCCCACCUCCAAAUCCAAGGCUUGGACUUGUACACUUCCAUCUUCAAGUUUGGCAGUCCCUGCUCCAGCACUCAACCUGCCCAUGCCAGAUCUCCAUACCAUGGCAAUUGUGAUUUGGGAUGGCACAGCUUGCAUCACCAUUCUCGAGGCUCGUGUGGCAGAGCAGGAUGGUAAGAUUGAUACCCUGCAACACCUCCAUGAAGGCCUUAGGUGCAAAAUCAUCGACCGGCACCCCACAUUCCCACUUCCUGAACCUCUGGCCAAUGCAACAUCCUUGUUGCUUGAUCAAUCCAUCCCCCCAUCCAUGUCACCAUCUGCAUCUGCACUCCCUCCUCUCAUUAAUCUCUUGAUUGGAGAGAUGAUGACCACACCCCUGAAAUUCAAGAAUGCCUCUGCCAUUGAGGGCCUCCUGUUUGAGUACAACUGGGUUGCUCAACCAGAGAUUCCAGAUAUGUCCAGCAAAAUUGUGGACCUGGGUGAUCCGGGCAACCUGGUCCCAGAAUAUGAUUCUUCCAAUGACAUGGAUGUUGAGGUGAAGGUUGAAGUGUCUUCUGAGGAGGUUGACAUGGCUACAUAA